UUCCACACUGCAGUGGCCCAGUAUACUUUAUAUGUGGUCCCCAUUAGAUCUUUGUAGACGACAUAGAUGGAAUAUUUCGGGCUUUGCAUCCAAUCCUUCAGAGUUUCCUUUACCCCACACAGCUUUUUGAUCACCCAACUGGCAGUGAUGGGUGCAUUAAAUAGAUCCCAUCUCCCACGUUUCAUAUACACCUCAUGUAGCCAUUUCAUCCAAAGGGAAUCUUGCAUUAUGCUAAUAUGCCAAGCUAUUUUGCCUACAGCUGCUAAGUUCCAAACUUGUAGAAUCCGGAUUCCGAGCCCUCCUUCCUUUUUAGGCCUACAGACCUUCUCUUAGUUUAUAUUCCCUAGAGGUCUGUUGUUUGUUUCCCCGUGCCAAAGGUAUGAGCGACACACAACAUUGAUCUGGUCUAUGACUCUAUUGGGCAGAAUAACUGUUUGACUUUAGUAGUUAGAUAUGCUCAUGAGGACCGAGUUGACCAAUUGAAGUCUGGCGGUAUAGGAAAAGUUCUUGGCAAUCCAUGACCGAAUCCGACUAGUCAUCUUAACCCUUGACCCUCAUGUGAUCCUUAAAAGAGACCUUCUUCUUCAUUUGAUGAAGCUUCCAUGGCUGCAAGUUCUGCUUCUUGCUUCAAAAUUGACAAGUCACGUGAUUCUUGCAAUAGAGCCAUAGAGACACAAUCUCGUCGUAUUCGGAGAAGAAGGAUAAAGAAUUCUUCUACCGUGAUUCUUCAAAGGAAUUUAGAAAUGUUGGAAGAGGAAGAAAAUGAAAGCAAUUUGAUGUCAUUGAGUUUAAAUUCAAAUGUUAAUAAUGAUUUGGGUUUUUUAUACGGUUAUAGAGUUGAGUUUCAUAAUUUUGGAGAUGAUGGUGCUUCUUGUUCUUCUUCUGGUGGUGGAAGUAGUAUUCAAAACCAUAGAACUUAUGACGUUUGCUAUCUUAGUGCUGCUAUUGGUGUUGAAACGCCACCGUUUCAUUGCUGUAAAAACGACACCUCUUCCGGUCCCAUUGGUCCCAAUGAAAAACUUCAACCAUCUGGGUUGACUAUGAACACCUUUGAAAACAGAGGAAAACAGAGGAUGGAUUAAAUUGUGAAUAAUUAUGGGUGUCUAUCAUAAAUUAGGGUUUCUAAUUUGGGUUAAUUUCUUUGAUAGGAUUUAUGAAUUUGAUUUGGUGUAGCAAAGAUUGAAGGUUUUGGGUUUUGCCUUUUGCUAAUAAUUGAGUUUGUUUUUGUUGAGGAUGAAAAGAAUUGCCCUCCGUUUUAUGAAUUGUUUGGAGGUUAGCCUUGGAAAGUUUCCUCAUAUGAAGUUUAUGUAAACCAACUAUUAUUAUCAAUAAAAUUAUGGUUUUCUUUUUAGGUAAUUAUUACUUUCUUUAAUUUUCAUUUUUUUGCCUUGAUUAAUAUUAAUGGUACUUGUGAACAUGUUAUCUGUUAAGCCACAACAAAUGCAUCACAAAAUUAUUGAAAUUGAUGGCAAAGAGCGUAUGCAUACUCAUGAAAAUUGCAUGUGCAAUAAUAGUCAAUAUGCAUGAAUAUUUAAAUACAAAUUAUUGUGAGAGACGAUCUCUACGAGAGUUACAUUACAUAUAUGGGCUAAAUAGCCCAAUUAAAACAAC